AUGGUUUUGAAAGAACUGUUUGGAGGGUUUAAUGGUCAAUAUCCUGCUCCAAUUAUUCGUGCAAAUCAAGGAGAUAGAAUGAUCAUAAAUGUUGAAAACAGAUUUGGUGAUCCAGCAGCCGUCCAUUGGCAUGGUAUGCUCCAACAUGGUACAAAUUGGUACGAUGGAGUUCCAGGACAAACUCAAUGUCCAAUUCCAAAUGAUGUUUCAUUUAUUUACAAUUUUACUACUGGAGACCAACACGGUACCUUUUGGUAUCAUUCUCAUUUUAUGGCUCAAUACGCUGAUGGCUUACGAGGAGCAUUAAUUGUCCACGUUCCAGAUGAUCCAUAUUUAAAAGAAUAUGAUUAUGAAUACGUCAUUACAUUGUCUGACUGGCAUCAUAGAACAACUGGUGAAAUCUUACCAAAUUUCAUAUCUCCAACUUAUACUGGUAGACGACCCGUUCCUGAUUCACCACUUUUGAGCGGUCGUAGUAGAUAUAACUGUAAUGGGGUUCCAGAUGGAUCUAAAUGUAAACCAAAUGCUCCAUUGGCGGUUUAUAAUGUUAAAAAGAAUAAAAAAUAUAGAUUUCGUAUAAUCAACACUGCUGCAGAUGCUUUCUUCAUAUUCUCUAUUGAUGAAUAUAAAUUAAAACUUAUUGAAUCAGAAGGUAUAUAUAUUAAACCAACUAUUAUUGAAAAAUUACCUAUUAAUGUUGGACAACGUUAUUCUAUAAUUGUUAAUGCUGAUCAACUGAUUGGAAAGUAUUGGAUACGUGCAACUAUCGAUAAAAGAUGUGCACUAAUUAACAAUGCGACAAUUAAUUUUAAUUCUUCUAUUGAUUGGAAUAGUCUUGGUAUUCUUAAAUAUGAAGGAUCAAAAAAAUGA